AUGUUCCUGUCACUGCCUACGCUAACUGUACUUGUUCCACUGUUGUCCUUAGCUGGUCUGUUUUAUUCAGCCAGUGUGGAUGAAAAGUUCCCAGAGGGCUGCACCAGCACAACCAGCUUGUGUUUCUAUAGUCUGCUUCUUCCCAUUACCAUACCAGUUUAUGUGUUCUUUCAUCUUUGGACCUGGAUGGGUAUUAAACUUUUUAGACACAACUAAUAAGGCAAAAGCAGAAAAGUAGACUUGCCAACCUUAUGGCCUACCCACACCCUAAUAUUAUAUUCUGUGCAGUUGCAAUGGUCUAGCAUUAGUGGUGGUCUUUAUUAAUCUCCCAAUGACACCUGAAAAUGUAACGUUCUGCACAAGCCUUGAUGCACAAUGGCCUCAUUAGUGCUAAGAGAUAAUUAAAUAACAUUUUCUCUUGUUCCUCCUCCAUGUUAGUGUGUCCCAUCAAAAUCGAUGGGUGUGUUGUAAGGCUAUGCUACUAACCUGUCAAAGGUGUUGUGUCUCUUUGCUAAGAAUAAAUAUUGUGCACUGAUUGAGAUGAAUUAUUUUAAAUAGGUUAGGGUGAGUUUCACUAUGCCUCUUUCAAUAAGCAGCACUGUCAUGCAGUAGUUGUCUUGCUGGUUUGAACUGAUGGCUGCAGUGGAAUGCAUUUGUCUUACUGGGCUAUGGAAAUAGAGUAUAAUACACCUCUACCCCCAUAUAACGUGACCCGCUAUAACACGAAUUCGGAUAUAACGCGGUAAAGCAUGCUCCGGGGGGGCAGGGCUGCACACUCCGGUGGAUCAAUGCAAGUUCAAUAUAACACGGUUUCACCUAUAACGUGGUAAGAUUUUUUUUUUAUUUUUUUUGGCUCCCAAGGACAGCGUUAUAUCGAGGUAGAGGUGUACAUCAAACUUGUAUCCACAUGUGCUUUGCAGACUCUAUUAGGAUCUCUUUGGUCACUACUGAAAUGCAGGCACAUUGGAGGUGGCAUCCAUUUAUGCACCUGUAAAGCUAUAGGUCUAAUUUUAGAUGGGGAAGUGAAAAGUAAUGUCUCUAAUUAAAUUAUAGGGGAAAUGAAGACGGCAUUUGUCAUUACUGAAAUAGGCAUUAUUAUGAUUGCCAGGAUAGCAGAGCUGGUACACCUAUUCAUGGGAUAGUAGCCUGGGGGCUCCUGGAACCUGUGACAACUGGCAAAGGUCCCUACCAGCUGGGGAUAGCAGCAGUGCGGCAUGUAGCAACCAUACCCUCUCCCCAGCCCUUCGCCAGAUCUAUGCUGUCUGGGGAAAUGCAGUACAAAGGGAGCAGAGAAGGGCUCAGAAUCUGACCUAUUAAAAUAUCCAUUGGUUGCUGUUAGAUCUCACUACAGGAUGAUACGGUCAUAUAGGUUUCUAUUUUCCAAACUCAUAUUAGCACUACCCAAUGGAGUGCUCUUUCACUGCUAGGUCACCUCCUUAUGACUGUUGGGUAGUCUGCUGUAUGUGAAAGUGGUGGCCAGGCAAACUGAUGUCUGUACAACACAAGUCAUCUCCAUGACAGCACUAGGGGCCAAGAACUGACUUGGCCACAGAGACUAACUGCUGCUGUCCCUAUUGGAGAUGGCCUCCCGCACACCAUGGAUGAGAUGCCCCAGCGGCACAGCAUGGGAGAUGACUGUAUAGCUGCUGCCUUUGCUGUACCAUCAUGUAGUUACAAAGGAGGCUUCAGUUUCCAUUUCUGUUGGUCUGGCACCAACUAUCAUGAAAAAACAAUUAGAUGGAAGAGUGAAUAAGGUCCUGACCUGGCAGGAAAUCUGGGUAGUGGACUUUAAUGGAGCUCUGCAUGGGCCCAGGAUCAGAGAGUCAUAUAGGCUUCUAUGUUCCAAACUCUCAUCAGCACUAUGGACUGGAGUGCUCUGGUUAUCAUAUCCACGCCACGAGAGACAGCAAAUGCAACAACUCGUUACCCAACUUUUUUUCUUUUGGUGGUGGUGGUCCUUCUUCCCUGCCAGCAGUUCCCACCCUGCGUCUACCGCAGCAGUGUGAACGCGCAGGUUCACUCUGCCGUUUACUCCACGCCUUACAGCAUCGAAUGCCCUGCCUACAGCUUUGCUUCGUUAAGCAACACAUCAAAAAUACCGUCUGCCCUCCCAGAUUAUAACUAGUUGCUUUUCCCUAGAGCAUCUUAUUACUCUCUUCUGAUUUCUCAGUAACUAAAUCUUUAAGAAUAUUUACCUGUAGUUUGGUUUGUUUAUAUAUAAAUUCAUGUAUGUAAACUACCAUCCAAUUAAAUACAGACUCUGUGAAAAUGGGAUAAA